AACACUCAAUUCGGAUUCCGUAAAGGUAGGAGCACAAUGGACAGCUUAAACAUACUAACCACGGAUAUCAGACUAUCACUCUCUAAAAAUGAGGAGCUACUAGGAUGUUUUCUUGAUAUUUCGGCAGCCUAUGACAAUGUCCUUCGUCCGGUGCUUAGAGCAAAAAUGCUACAUCUGAGCAUUGCCGUGAAGAUUGUACAAAUUGUCUCCAAACUAUUCAUAGGAAGAUCCAUCAAAAUCCGUGAUGGUAACUCGUAUCUUCCUCCUCGUACAUUGUGGCAGGGCCUCCCCUCAAGGAUCCGUUUUGAGUCCAAUACUUUACAGCAUUUAUACAUAUGACCUAGAGCAGUCCGUGUUACCCUUUUGUAAUAUUCUACAGUAUGCAGACGAUCUAGUCCUGUAUGCUUCUGCAAAAUCCAUUGAGACAGCGUCUACCAGGUUGAACAUGGGCCUUAGUUACCUCAAGGAUUGGCUUGAAGAGCAUGGUUUGUCUUUGUCACCUUCCAAGAGCUGUGCCGUGGCUUUCAGUCGCAGAAGGAACAUGCCCAAUCGCAGAUGUUCAUUUUGGUGAGGAAAACAUUCCCAAUGAAGAAUCAACCAAAUUCCUGGGUGUUGUCUUGGACUGGAAAAUGUGUGGAAAACAGCAUCUGAAAUACAUACAAGACAAGUGUGAAAAAGGAAUCAACAUUUUGCGAGCACUAUCAGGAGUUUGGUGGGGAUCUCAUCCAUAUUGUCAAAAGCUACUUUAUAAUGCUAUUAUUCGCAGCCACAUGGACUAUGGAUCCUUCAUAUUAGAACCAUGUAAUAAGGAAGCCUUAGAAAGGUUGGAUUUAAUACAGGGUAAAUGCUUAAGAAUCGUACUUGGUGCCAUGAGGUCUUCUCCAAAAAACGCAAUGCAAGUAGAUUGUGUGGAGCCUCCACUGGCACUGCGCAGACAAUAUCUUGCCAACAGGUUCCUCAUAAGAGCUAUCUCCAAUUCCAAUCACUUGCUGAUUCCACGCUUGCAGGCUCUCGCUUCACUGGUCACUGAAAACCCAUAUUGGAUGCAUAAGGAGUUUCCAAAAAAUAUUAUUACUUAUUCUAAAUUAAAUCGUAUAAACCCUAUAUUAUAUAAAUCAGGAACAAACCCCAUAUUUGAAACAAAAUUUGAAACUUUAAUUUACUCUCCUAGGAUUAUUCUAGACCUAGGAAUAUUUAAAAAUGAUCCGGGAGCUAAUAGCAAAUUUAAAAAACUUUUAGAAAAGUGGGCAGGCUACUUACCAGUGUUACUGACGCAUCAAAAAGUGAUCCCACAAAGUGUGUUGGAGCCGCAGUGGUGAUUCCAAAAUAUAACAUUGUCUUGAUGUUUAAGUGCCCUCCAGAAUCAUCAAUUUUUACAGGCGAGGCUGUUGCCAUCUUAGAAGCUGUAACGUAUGCUGACUCUCACAAUAUAACAAAAAUGAUAAUAUUUACAGAUAGCAGGAGUUGUCUGCAAGCUAUUAUGGGCAAUCAGUUUAAAAAUGAAGACAAAAUUUCCCUUAAUACUUCAGAUCAAAACCUUAUUAAGAAAAUGUGACUUAAAGGGGUUAAAAAUAGUACUCGGGUGGAUCCCAGGCCAUUGUGGUAUUGCUGGAAAUGAGUCUGCAGACUUAUGGGCAAGGCAAGCUAUUGAGAUGGGAUCACCAGGUCACGACAAGAUAUACAGCUCUGACCUUCUGAGCCAUGCACAGACUGAUCUGUUUAACACGUGGCAAAAUCUCUGGGAUUCUUCCAGAUUGGAGGUAGGAAAGCAUUAUGGCCACAUUCAACCCAACAUCCCCCGUAAACCAUGUUUUUUUAAAUUCCGAGCUUAUCCUAAAUGGGCCACGUCUACAAUCUGUCGUUUACGCUUAGGGCCAGUUUGUACGCCAGUAUUUCUUGCUAAGAUACGGGUCCGGGAUACCUCACUGUGCGAAUGCGGGUUCGAUGAAGGCACCGUAGAUCACAUUUUCUUUUCUUGUCCGAGAUUCAAUUACUCUUUGUAUGAUGUGCUACCUGAAAAUAUUCCACGACCUAUAAAUUUCUACUCACUUCUCACUCUAAUGGACCCGCCUCUAACUUCUAUUCUUAUUAAGUAUAUACAGGAGCAUGAUAUAAAACUUUAAUUUUUACUCUUACUAUAUUUCUAUCUAUCUAUAUAUUUUAAUUUCUAUGUUUUUUCCUCCAUUUCAUCCGCUAUGUUGCUUGCCUUAACAAUCUGUCAUCCGCUUUCCGCUCUUUUUACUAAUGUUGGUAUUAUGUCAAAUGUGUCAUGUCAUGUGUUUGUCUGUGUUGUCCAUAAUAUUUGUUUGUUUUAGGUUCCCAGUCUAUCCUUCCACAAAAAUCAAGAUUAAACCGAACAUUCUCUGCUCACAUAAGUCAAAAGUCCACAUCUCGACAUUGGCAGAAUCCAAUCCUUGCUAAAUUAGCGAGGAGUAAAAGCCAUUUAUCAGAUUUAUCACUCCGCUCUCGUAUCUGGUCAUGUCCCUUCGUGGAUCGUUUGCGAAUUGGGUAUUUUAAGAUUAAGACAUCUUCACACAAAAGACAAUUUACAUAAUUGGACAAACAUACUUUUAGACCAUCUGUCGUGGUGAUUUUGAUUCAUAGAUUAUUCGGUACCAACUGUACCGAAUGUGUACCAAGUGUACCGAAUGAACCGUGUUCGGUACCAUUCGGUACUUGGCUAAUCCCCUUUUGCUAGAGAUAAUUUGAGUCAAAACUGUUUUAGAAUAAUGCUUUGACCUAAAACUUGCCUUAACUCAAGUUUUACUCGUCACAUCUUAUAAGUAUUGAACCACUAAUUGGCAAUCAUUUUAUGAUCUUACAUCCGGCAGUGUGUGUAAAGGAGGAGUCGGAGGAUGACGAGUUGUGUGUGAAGGCUGAGCACUUGAGAGAGUUGUACGCCGACCACGUAGUCAAGGACGAGCUCGUGCUAGGGCCGGAGCGCCCGCACCGCCCCAACGACGGCCUCGUGGUGUGUUGGUUAGUAGCUUUUCUUUUAUGUAUAAAGUAUUUCUGUACUGUGUUUCAAUAUGUGUAAUAUAGAAUUAAAUCUCUUCAGAAUGGGCGCUCGGUGACGCCGAUGGCUGCCCACUGGCUUGGCGAGGCCGUGGCGGAGCACAGCUCGGGCUCCGGGACUGCUCUGUCCGGCUUCACCGCCUCCCACCCACGAGUCCCUGACACCACACACACGCCACACAGGGACUGCAACCCGGGGGGAUACAACACCUACUAGUACUGACACUCAGUCUCAUAUUAAAGAGAAAAUAAAAGUAGAUGGUGAGAAAGGAGACUGUGACAUUUGUGGCAAGAAGUUUGCAUUAAAAUCUGAUUUAAUGAAACAUGUCAUGAAUCAUAUCUACCUGCCUCCAGAGCUCGAGUCUGAUACGGAAAACGAAACGUACUAUAAUACCAUAUUUCGUUGCGACCAAAAACAAGUGUGUGACAUGUGUGGCGAGACAUUCGCUCUGAAGUCGGAGUUGGUGACACAUGUCGUUAUUCACAUCCACACGCCUGGAGAGCCGCAGGAGGCCACACACGGCGCCGUGGACAGCGAACAAUCAAAUAGCGUGGUACACGAAAACAGAGUCGUGGCCGCAACUCACCUCAAGCCCACCCACGUCCCAUCGAGUACCGAACGUAAAACGGCACCACAGAUGACAAACAUAAAUACUUACAUCUGUGACACGUGUGGCUAUCUAUUUAAACGGAAACAUCAUCUCAUUCGCCAUUUUGAAGUGCACCAAAGAACAUAUUCUUGUAACACAUGUGAACGGAAAUUUUCGCAAUUCAGCGAUUUGAAGAUACACAGGCGUGUUCACAUUGACGAGAGACUGUUUGCUUGCGAAAUGUGUAAAAAGACGUAUAAGCAGUUAGCUGGUUUAAAGGUACAUCAUCUAUCACACACUGGCGAAAAGCCUUAUUCUUGCGAAAUAUGUAAAAAAAGAUUUACGCAAUCAGGUGGGUUACGUAGACACAUUCAAAUCCACAUUGGUGAAAAACUUUUUGUCUGCGAUAUAUGUGAAAAGAAAUAUGUGACUAUAGAGCAUUUAAAAAUACACAAACGGCUUCAUACUGGUGAAAAACCUUAUUCCUGCGAAAUAUGUAAAAAAAAGUUUAAGUGUUUGUCUUAUGUAAAUAGGCACAAACGAACUCACACUGGCGAGAAACCAUAUUUUUGCGAUAUAUGUGAGAAGAAGUUUAUGUGGGCAGGCACUUUAAAGGUACACAAACGAACCCACACUGGAGAAAAACCUUUCCAGUGUGAAAUUUGUGAGAAUAAUUUUGCGGUAUUAAGCACUUUGAUAUUACACAAACGAACCCACACCGGUGAGAAGCCUUAUUCCUGCGAAGUAUGCAAAAAGGGAUUUACGCAAUCCAGUAAUUUAUAUAAACAUAAGAUACUCCACACUGGUGAAAAGUAUUUGAGUGAAUCAGGGUUGUCAAAUAAGCGGAUGUGAAUUUAAGUAUUUGAGCAUCAAAAAUUAUCGUACCCAAGAAAGCGUACGCCUAUUUAAACUUAUAACUUACUUACAUAAGUUCUGUGAGAUUUAAGGUGGAUUGCACCAAACCGUCUGUCACCGUAAAAGCGUUAGCCACAUUUUAUGGGAAGUUUCAUAGAACUCUACUGCGUGACGUUGAUCAAUCUGUUAACUGUGGUUGUUGGAACUGGCCCUUACUUACGUAAAUUAUAACAACUAUAACAAGCCAAUUUACACGAUACUUACCGAAAUCAGAAUCCAAUGUGACUACAUUUCUGAAUAGCCAUAAUAUCCUUAAAAUGCAACACCGUCGUAAACUUCACUUGGCUUGUCUGCUCUUUGGUGUAAUGAAGUAUAACCCCCCCCCCC